AAUUAUGGUGCUCACUGUACAUUUCAUAGGCCUGUACUUUAUAUUUAUAUGCAAUAGAACUUCUUAUAGCCAGCAGGAUUUUAAAUAUAUUUACAUUAGACCAAUCAACGAACGUGUUUGUGCUCAGUCACCCACGCACUGUUUCUUGCGUCUGAAAAAUAAAUAAAUAAAUGGUUUAGGAGGGGCAGGGAAUUCACUGUGAAUACGAUGAUUGUGGACCGGAUAAAACCUGACAGGGCAGCCCAUUUUGGUAUUUAAAGCGCAUCCCUGACAAAGGGAAGAGAACUCAUCGCACCUUUGUGUAGCGAUAUCAGCGUUCAGAACCAUGGAGAGCUCAAGACUGUGGACAAGAGCGGUGGUCUGCGCCGUGUUGCUGUUCGUACUCGGUGGCGCUGAAACGAAUGACUCGGACAUGGAUUUAGAACUUGAAACAAGAGCUUUAACGGACUUCUACCGCAAAGAUCCGAACCUCACCGACGAAAAACAGCUUCUCGGGGCUCUGCAAGACGUUCUAGAAAAACUUCAGAAAAAACGAAUUCCAUCUUGGGAAAAGAAAUUCGGCCAAGUUCCCACGUGCGACGUGGGAGAGCAGUGUGCUGUGAGAAAGGGAGCACGAAUCGGCAAGAUGUGUGACUGUCCGCGCCGGGCGUUUUGCAACUUUUUCCUUUUGAAGUGCCUGUAAACAAUGUUAAAUUGAAUAUAUUUCAAGUUCCAGUUUAAUGAUAAAUAGACGCUGGCCCAAUUAUCGUGUAUAUGAGUAUUGCAUUUUUCCCGGAUGUAACAAGAGUCAAUGAAUAAACUGACGUGGUGGUUUAUAGAAUAUCCGAUCUGUUCCACCGCCUGAUGGUUUUUCGACAUAUUUUACUGUCAGAAACAUGUUAUUAAAUUAAAAUAUGUCACUGUUUUGUAAA